AUGACAAAUUUUUUAAAAUUACGUGGUGGCGGAAUUACACACGAAGUGAAACCUGAUGAUAAUAGAGAAUUAAUACGCGUUCAACGUAUGCCUAUAGAUGACGAUGAUAAUGAUAAUAACAAUUCAGAUAGUGGAAGCGAUUGGACUGAAAACAACGCGGAAAGUUAUGAAACUGAUGAAGAGAUGUUAUCAUCAUCAGAUGAUGAAUUCCUACACGUACAUGACCAUACUGAUCAUUGGGGUGAUGAUAAUGCCAUGGAUCCGAAUGAAUUUGUACAGGAACUAACGGAUGAUACUGAAAGACAAAACGCUCAAUAUAGAUCAACUGAUAAUACAGAAGCAGUCGUUGUUGAUGAUGUCAUGGAUUGGACAACUACUUCAGAUAAUAAUACUGAUGAUAUUUCACAACAUUUGCAUAGUUGGCCAUCAAUGUCAUCAUAUCAAGCACUACGACAUUUGCAAUUCAAUCCAUUUCAAAACGUCUCUCUCAUUAACCGUAUCGUCAGGCCACGUCAUACUCGUAGAACAAUUUUAAUGAAUUCAUUUCGUAAUAUGCGAUCUCAACAAUCACGAGGAUAUUUCUAUCCAUCAUUUCCUGAACGAAGAUGGUCAUUUAGUCAUUUGCCAUAA